GCACGGACUCUUUCACCUCGCAGCCAUCCCCGAGAAGGAGCCGCCGCCGCGCAAAACCCUAGCAGGCCUCGCUGCCGCCACUCCUCCUCGGGGCGCAACCAUGGUGUCCACAAAGAAGACGAAGAAGUCCACGGACAACAUCAACAACAAGCUGCAGCUUGUGAUGAAGAGCGGCAAGUACACGCUCGGCUACAAGACCGUCCUCAGGACCAUCAGGAACUCCAAAUCGAAGCUAGUUAUCAUUGCUAACAAUUGCCCUCCUCUUCGGAAGUCUGAGAUUGAGUACUAUGCUAUGCUGGCUAAGGUCACUGUCCACCACUUCCAUGGAAAUAAUGUUGACUUGGGAACUGCCUGCGGUAAAUACUUCCGUGUCUGCUGCCUCAGCAUUAUUGAUCCUGGUGACUCUGAUAUCAUCAAGACCACACCAGGUGACCAGUAAGGAGCAGUGCCAAUUGCUCCCGGGAUGCGUUCUGAGAUUUUCUGCUCUAGGAGAUCUUGCUGGGCAUUUUUGGUCUCACUGUUGAACAGAAUUUACCAGCAAACAGAGUUUCAUGGAAAUGUUAAUUUGGAUUGAAAGUUUUGUUCCGUCUAGGCACUGUUUUUAAUUGACUUUUGCAGCGCAUUGAUCGAGUAUUGAUCGUACCAUAAUUUAUUGGUCUUGCUCUCGUUGAGAUAUUCCGUCACAGUUCAGAUUUGUCAAAGGCAAUUGAUGAAAUCCUUUUCAGGUUCCGAGGAUU